AUGGUGGAAAGAGUGAAUCAAGCGUAUCGGGAAUAUUCAAUACACGAAGAUCUUCGAGACUCCGUACUCGGCUCAGUGCAACGUAUGCUUGCCCAGAACAAAACAUGCUGCUCAAGUCCACCAGGGCUGCGGGUAGAGUCAUUCCUUGUCCUCGAUGAACUGUCAAACCCCAAUAUCAUCCAUUGCCCGGAACACUCUGAUGUCUUCUUCCCGCACCAAUUGCCUCGUCAGAUUCUCAUUGACCGAUUGUACUUUGGAUACCCUUGCCGAUAUGAACGUGUGGGGCUUACUCAGUUGCUCUUCCUGCGAAUUCGGACCUCUUCUAAUGAUCGAAAGAAAGUGAAAGAAAUGAUCUUGGUCCGGCCCCUGUUGGCGACAAGGGGAAAUAAAGUUGAUCCUUGUGAAUUGCGCAAAGACUGGUGUUUGCCACACCCAUUCCUGAUGCAUGUCUGCAUCCCCUCUCCAUCCUCUCGACCCACCCUUCCCUUCCCUGAUCCGCACCACUGGCCCGAGCUGUCCAAAAUCUCCAAAGCAGACUACAGGGAUACCUCCGAAGGGCAGAUUAACCACAUCUGGAUCUCUACCUCUGCCAAUUGCCUUCAAAGCCAAGUCCAUUUGCGACAACAUCGUGGCCGACACCAUCGAUAUCUCAUCCACAAUAAUACAUGGUUGUCUUCCUCGAGCCCAAAUCUGAUGAAUGUUCCAGCCAAGGCUGUGUCACUUCCGCGCCAAAGAACCGAUGGAUGGUCAUCCCAUUCACAUUCACAGCAGCCACACCCGAAGGCGCGAGCACCACUGGCUCGUACAACCCAGCCCCUUGAAGUCGGAUCACGAGCUUACGCAAGAGUGUGGACUUUCCUGUUCCUGCUGGGCCCGACACAAAAACUGCUAACCCAAGUUCAAAGAUGGAAUUCAUUUCAGAAACUUCCAACCAUCUGUCGCAAUCAAUCCUCAUUGGCAAGUGCAGCAUCAUUAAAUGAGCGCAGGUGUCAUCCAAAUCCACCAUCGGUGUCCUUCGAUGGCGCACCACACAAAAAUGGUCUCCUUCGUAUGCCUUGUAUUUCCUUGGAGGAUUAUGCCCAUCCAGAUAUGUACAUUGAGGAUCAGGAGCCAGAUCAUCAUAUGGAGGUUCCCGUUGUUGCCCUGCCACUCGUCCAAACACCUGCCGGAACUUCUUGUAGAACUCUGGAUAGAGUCAUCUUCAAAAACCUCCUCAUCAUCAUCGUCUCGAACCGCACGGAUGACUCCUUUUCGCUCCGAUGGCAAAUGUGUUGGGAGGUAGCGAACAGCAUGGCUUUUACCAGACAUGUAGUAGCUUCCUACAUCCAUCACCACCUCUGGCAGGGAAACACGAUUAAAUGUCUCUGUUGUUGGUUCAAACAUUGUCCUUGGGCUUACUGGCUUUGGGAAGCCAAACCUGCACCGGACGACACCAUCGCUUCCCUUCCGCAUGCAAUAAGCUUCUGUAUGCUUAUGGAUCUGACAGGCAUGGACAAGGCGGCGAAGGUAUUCGCUCUCUGGGGUCGAGGAACAAGUGACGACAACGAGAUCCUUGUCCUCUCCCGCGCACUGCUCUAUCAGUGUCUCGAUGCUUCUCCUUGCCCAAAGAACUGCAUGUACAUGUGGACAUCCACGCUCCUGAUACUCCACAACCCAAGCAUAGGCUCUUAG